GAGAGAGAGAGAGAGCGUGAGCGAGCGAGCGUAUCCUAAACUGUAUAAGUGGCUCAACAGAUCAACAAGCAAAUAAAAAAAAAGUAUGAACCCUUUUAAUUUAAGAUUUUAAAAGAAGAGAGACAGAAGACAAAAGGCAUAACAGACAGGAAAAGGUACACUUAAUUAUGAACUGUGCAGCUUUUAUAGUGGUGACUACCAGUCUUCUCUUUUUGACUGAUGCAGUUAAUCCCUACCACAAUACAGACAAAGAUAAAGAGCUGCAAUAUCUUAUGGAACCACCAGUGUAUGCUGGGAUAAAAGCACGCCGAGGAGAGAACACAACCCUGCCAUGUGUUCUGAGGACUGUACCUUCUCACUACAAAGUCAAGUGGAGUAAAGUUGAACCUCUUCAUACAGGAGUGGAAAAUAUUGUUCUCAUCAGUAAUGGGCAUGAGGUUAAGUACUAUGGCACAUGGCAGUCUAAAGCAAGUCUUCGACGUAUGCAUGCUUUGGACAUCUCUCUCCGCCUCAUCAAGCUGGAACUCCAAGAUUGUGGUCUCUACCAGUGUGAACUGAUCAAUGGCAUCGAUGAAGAGAGUGUCACCAUUACUCUAAGCAUUGAAGGGGUGGUAUUUCCUUAUCAAAGCAGCCAUGGUCGUUACAAAUUUUCCUACUUAGAAGCCAAAAAUGCUUGUGCAAAGCAGGAUGCAACACUGGCAACAUACACACAGCUUUACAUGGAAUGGACAGAAGGUCUGGAGUGGUGUAAUGCUGGAUGGUUAAAUGAUGGGACUGUCAACUACCCCAUUCUGAAUCCUCGGCCAGCUUGUGGGAAAGAUCUUCCUCCAGGGAUCCGCAGCUAUGGACCCCGGCACAAGACCAAGGAACAUUACGAUGCCUUCUGCUUUACCUCUACCACUGAGGGUUCAGUGUUCUAUGUCCCAGGGCCACUAAAUUUUUUGGAAGCAGCUCGUGCAUGUAAGGAGAAAGGAGCAAGUCUGGCCCGUGUGGGACAACUCUACUCCUCCUGGAAGUUUCUGGGGUUGGAGCGCUGUGAUGGAGGCUGGCUAGACGAUGGUAGUGUGCGCUUUCCCAUCAUUAUCCCUAAGGAGCGAUGUGGAGGAAUCACACAUCCAGGGGUUCACAGUUUUGGAUUCCCUAAAAAGAGCAUUAGUCUCUAUGGGGCAUAUUGUUACAGGUAAAUAAUUGUUACAGGGAUAAAUGAUUACAAAUACUUAAGGUCUACCCUGGUACAAGACAAAAGUCUGCAGGUGCCACUGUAACAAUUCUCAUGCACACUGGGAAUUAUUAUUAUUAUUAUUAUUAUUAUUAUUAUUAUUAUUAUUAUUAUUAUUAUUAUUUUCCUUUCAGCAAUAUGAGAUAAUGUUUUGACAUGAUAUGGUGCCAAGUUACAAGACUUGAUUUGUUCAGUGGGAAUGUAGGAUUAAAAAAAAAUAAAUAAAUUUUUUUAGAUCAGAAUACUGUUUAAAGGUGUUCCUACAAUAGUGUGUAAAUAAUUGAAUUAAUAAUUGAGUUCUACAUCAGCAGAUAAUUCUUAAACAAAUUUUGUGAAUAAUAUAAAAACACUUUUGUAGUUCUAACAUGCUUUAACAUGCUCAUUAAUAUGUAGAUCUUUUAUGAAUGAACUUAUAUGCCUUAUGUGUGGACUUACUGCUAAAUGAACUAAAAUAACAACAUAAGGUCAAAAGACUGUAUAGUUGAUACUGUUAGUAAAAUGUGUUUAUUAUUAUUAUUAUUAUUAUUAUUAGUAUUAGUAUUAUUUUAAAUAAAACUCCAGAACAAACACAGAAUCCUACAAAUUGUAGCAGUAUGGUACCAUAUACCAGAUGGCUUCACUUUUUUAUUUUUAUUUUUUUAUUAAACCUAAACACGACAAAAUGAGCAGAUAAAUAAAAAUGCCUAUGGCAAUUUUUGUGAA